AUGAGAAAGAUCAAGCCUCAGUUACCCCCCUCUCCGCCGUCACUUGCCACCAACUCCACCAAGUCCUACAAUGCUCUGAUCAACCGUCACUCAACCGCCGGUUCUCACCGCGAAGUUCUCCUCCUCUACAUCUCCAUGCUCAAAACCAACAUUAUGCCGGACCCCUACACAUACCCAAGUAUGCUCAAAGCUUGUACUUCUCUAAACCUCUUCUCGCACGGUCUUUCUUUCCACCAACAUUCCAUCGUCAAUGGGUACUCCUCUGAUGCCUACAUUGCUGCUUCCUUGAUUAACUUUUACGCCAAAAUUGGGUAUACCGAUGUUGCCAGCAAAGUGUUUGAUAAUAUGCCUGAGAGAAAUGUUGUUCCCUGGACUGCAAUUAUCGGGUGUUAUGCUCGAUCAGGGAAGGUAAAUACCACGUUUCAAAUGUAUAAGCAGAUGCAGUGUGAAGGAAUUAAGCCAAGUUCAGUCACCAUACUAGCCAUGCUUUCAGGCGUUUCAGAAUAUACCCACGUCCAGUCUCUUCAUGCUUCUGCAAUCCAAUACGGGUUUGAUUGUGAUUUAUCUUUAGCCAAUUGCUUCCUAAGUUUAUAUGGGAAAUAUGGAAGUGUCACUGAUGCUAAGAACUUGUUUGAAUCAAUGGCUAAUCGAGACAUUGUCUCGUGGAAUUCUUUAGUUUCUGCUUAUGCUUUGAUCGAUGAUGUUAGGGAAAUCUCACAACUUUUGUCUAGAAUGCUUGUUAGUGGAUUGAACCCUGAUCAACAGACGUUUGGGUCGUUAGUUUCUGCUGCUACAAGACAAGGUAACCUCAGAAUCGGGAAACUGGUGCACGGGAAAAUAGUCAUCAGUGGUUUUGAAAUGGAUUUCCAAGUUAAAACGUUACUUAUAACCAUGUACCUUAAGUUUAGAGACCUAACAAACGCAUACCAAAUAUUCGAAUCAACUCCAAAUAAAGACAUGAUUUUAUGGACUUCAAUGAUCUCUGGGCUUUUAUGGAAUGCAUGUCCAGAUAAGUCAUUGGAACUGUUCCAUAAGAUGUUAAUUGCACAGGUAAUGCCAUCCACCACAACCAUAUCUUGUGCUCUUGCAGCUUGUGCCCAAAUGGGUUCUUUACUUCUAGGAACCUCAAUUCAUGGGUAUAUAUUAAGGAAAAAGAUUCUUCUAGACAUCCCUACUCAAAAUUCUCUCAUUACAAUGUACGCAAAAUGUGGUCGACUAAAUCAAAGUUGUACCCUUUUCGAAACAAUGAACCAUAAAGAUGUUGUCACAUGGAAUGCCAUGGUUGCAGGGUAUGCACAAAAUGGUGAAUUAUCCAACGCGUUGUAUAUUUUUAACAAAAUGCGAGAAUCUUUCGAGAGGCCCGAUGAGGUGACAGUUGUAUCUCUUCUCCAAGCUUGUGCCUCCAUUGGAGCUUAUCAUCAAGGAAGAUGGAUACACAAUUUUGUGGUUAGAAAUUGUCUUGGUGGGUCCCGGUCCCUCUUAAUCGACACAGCUUUGGUUGAUAUGUAUUUCAAAUGUGGAAACAUGAAGAAUGCUAGAGAGUGUUUCGAUAGAAUGUCACAACAUGAUGUGGUGUCAUGGAGCAUAGUGAUUGGUGGGUAUGGUAGUCAUGGUGAAGGGGAGAAGGCUUUGAAAAUGUUCUCAGAGUUUUUGGAAACCGGGAUUCAACCAAAUCAUGUUACUUUUUUAUCGGUUCUUUGUGCUUGUAGUCACAAUGGGCUUGUGAAGGAAGGUGUUAGGCUCUUCGAGACCAUGACAAAUCGUUUCAAGAUCGAGCCAAAACUUGAACAUUGUGCUUGUGUUGUUGAUCUUUUGUGUCGAGCUGGUAGGGUAGAAGAUGCGUAUGAUUUCUACAAGAAGAUGUUUAAAGAGCCGGUUGUUGAUGUUUUAGGGAUUCUUCUUGAUGGGUGUAGGAUUAAAGGUAAUAAGGUGCUUGGAGAUGUUAUUGCAUGUGAUAUAAGAAGUUUAAAACCUGAAGAUCCUGGGAAUUUGGUGCAGUUGGUUCAUAAUUAUGCUUCGAGUGGUGGAUGGGAUGGUGUGGGUGAAGCAUGGAUUCAGAUGAGGGGUCUUGGAUUGAAAAAGAUUCCUGGUUGGAGUUUUGUCGAGUUAAAUGGGAACAUUACGACUUUUUACAAGGAUCAUACUUCACAUCCUGAAUAUCAUGAUAUAGUAAUGUGUUUGAAAGCCAUGGCCAUGCAUAUUAAACCACGAAAAUCAGCCACAGAUUCAGAUUGUUUGGAAUAUAACAAUACUUUUUAA